AUGGCAGGAACACAUGGGAGGAGCGAGAGCGAGAAAGAGAAGACGAAGAUGAGGGAGAGGCAGAGGAGGGCCAUCACCACCAAAAUCUUCCACGGCCUCCGCAAGCACGGCGGCUACCGUCUCUCCUCCCGCGCCGACAUCAACGAGGUCCUCCGCCAUCUCGCCUCCGAGGCCGGCUGGCUCGUCGAACCUGACGGCACCACCUACCGCCCCCGCUCCCCCAAUGUUUCGAAUUGCUGUUCGGUCUGCGGUGGGGUCCCCAAAGCCAGCGCCACGUCGGCAGCAGCAGCAGCAACGCCGAGCAGUAGCAUGGUGAUGGGCGGCUGUGAGAGUUCGACCACAGCCUCUCCAACUUCAAGCAGACUGCCUGCCUUCAACAAUAACAACACCAGCGGCACCACAGCCACCAACAACAACAGUGUGAGCGUUUACUCGGCUAUGUACGUGUACGAAGGCGGGUUCCACAACCACCAGCUGCAUGAAGCCAGGGCUUCCAACAACACCUCCCCCUCCCACUGCCCUUAG